UGCCAUAUAUUCAUAUAAUCUAUUUUAUUUUUUUCUGUUUGUGCAACAUGUACAGCAAUGGGAAUUUAUUACUGACAAAAAUAGAGAAUUCCUUGCCCCAUCCUAUUUGGUUUACAUAUUUUUGCACCAUUUUAUAAUUGAUAAACUGUUCACUACUCUUAUGUCUGUGUUACCAGCGGCACGCCUUCUUUAUAAUGGAGUACCUGAGUGGGGGAAGCCUAAAACAAGAGCUGGAUCGGCACGGCAAGCUGGAUAUGGAGCGAGUAUUGUUUUAUUCUGCAGAGAUGAUAUGUGGCCUGCAAUUCCUGCACAGCAAGGGAAUCAUCCAUCGAGACAUCAAACCCCACAACAUUCUGCUGGAUCAAGAAGGCCAUACUAAAAUCUCAGACUUCGGCCUGGCUGAACAAAACAUCUUUGCGGACGAUACCAUCACUGGCUUGGCCGGAACCACGGGAUACAUGGCCCCAGAGAUCCAUCAGGAAAAGCCAUACAAUGCGGCACUGGUGGUCAUUAGGCAUCACCAUCGCCGAAAUGGUCACCGAGAGAACUUCACUUUUCGACAAACUGAUGGCUUGCCUCAUCGGGGAAGAUCCUGUAAAACCUAA